UGGGAAUUGGGCAGGGGAAUCGCGGAGAUCAAGGCAGGCUGAGAAUGGCGGAGCAUUCCGAAGGAAGGAGAAGCGGCAGUGGCAGCGACCGCUUCCGUUUCCGGGUCGCCCUGGUGGCGGGCAGUUGAAGAACCGUCGUCAUGGAGCUGCUGGGAGAGUUUGUGGGACGGGACGGGCAGCAACGGCGGAUCCAAAUAACUUGCGAAGGGCCGAGUGACUCUGGCCGCUUCCAGGGACUGCUUUCUGGAUUGGCGCAGAUGAGGGAGCAGGUGACCGAGCUCCUCAAAGCCGUGGAAGGAAAGGAGACGCCAGACCCGGCGGCGGCUGGAGGCUCCACCUCAGCCUCGGAGGGUGAAGACGAUGAGGCUGAAGAGGAAGAAAGUAACACUCAUAGCAAAAUAUACUCAUCUGGACCACCUACAAAACGGAUAAAACCCUUACAUUUUGACAAUAGUCUUGAAUGUAGUUUUGGAGUAAAAAACUUUGGCUAAAUCUUGAUAUAAAUAUUUGGUAUGUGGUGACAUUGCAAAAUUUGUACUUGAUUUUGGAAAUGCAUCUCCCAUCUUGGAUACUCUGUCAAAGGAAAAUGUUUCUUCUAUGUAUUGCCAACAAAAAAGAUAUGACCAGUGUUUGGAAAUAAAAGCACUCCUCUUGUGUGAGGAUAUCAUUUAAUCAGCAAGCAUUUAUUAAGCGCCUGUUAGAUGUUAGUCACUGAGGAUACAAAAUUUAAACAGUUCCUGCCCUCAAGGUGUUAACAUUCCACCAAGGAGAUAUAACAUGGACACAAAUCCAGAAGUACCAGAUACAAGUACAUAGCAUCUGGACCUAGAAGGAACUUCAGAGGCCAUUUAAGCCAACUUCUUCAUUUUACAGAUCUGAGGCCUAAGGGAAUGAAGUGACUUGCCCAAGUCAUACAUAUGCCUGCAGGGUUUGAUUCCAGAACCAUUUCUCUUAACAUUACACCACAUUGCCUCCACAUAUACAAAAUAAUUUUGUGGAGACCAAAGAGGACACUAACAACUGGGGAUAUAAGGAAAGGCCUCUUGAAGGAAGUGGCCUUACAGCUGUAUCUUAAAGGGAAGCUAAAGUUUCAAAAUUGAGAGCUGAUAAAGGAGUCUUCCCAGCACAAAGACUGAUAUGCCCCUGUAAAGAGAUAGAAGAUGGCAUGUUGUUUAUAGGGAAGAAAAAGUAGGCCAGUUUAGCUAAAACACAGGAUGCAAAGAGGAGUCAAGUGAUCUGCCUGCAAAGUUAGGCUGGAACCAUAUUGUGAAGGGCUUUAAUAUAAAUUUUAAAUUUAAAAAACCUGAGUGUCUCACAUGGUCUGUAAAAUCAUCCCAAGUAGCAACUUAACAUUUUUCAUAUUUUUUUUCUAAAGUAACAAGUUAAAUUUGAAAAAUGUUCCAUGGUGACAUAAAUGUCAUAACUAGACCCUACCCUAAUACCUGAGACCCUCUAAUGUUUUUGCCUGUCACCAUAUUUGUGCAGAACCAAUUAAUGAUAUUAGGGGAGGGUAUAUUUGUAUCUUUUAGCUGUUGCUUUUGCUAUGUAUAAAUAACAAGUUAUGAUUUGUGGGUGAUCACAUUGCAGAAAGCUGAGUCUCUGCAAGUUUCAAGCUUAACUAUUAAAUAUAGGAAUGACAGGACUUUAAUUUUUUUUCCAAAUAAUAAACGUUUUUAUUUAUAGUUUUGAGUUCCAAAUGCUAUCCCUCCUUCGAUUCCUCCCAUCCCCCACUCCUUGAGGCGGUAAGCAAUCAAAUAUAGGUUAUACAUGUGCAAUUAUGUAAAACAUUACCAUAUUAAUCAUUUUGCAUAAGAAGAACUAUAACAGGACUUUAGAAGACUGAAUGGAAG